AUGAGCUACGGGUACAACGUAUACUCAAACACACGUCCUCGAAAUAGCAUACCCUCUGUUCCUCAGCCAUCAUUGAUGGCUCUGAAUACCAUACUCACAAUUGGUCCAUAUAAGCACCGCAAAGAUUUGACACGAGAAUCGGUACUAUCUCGGUACCAGACCAUUGGGUACAUUGCUGCUGGUACCUACGGUAAGGUUUACAAGGCCAGAUCGAAAACCAAUCAACAAGAACACACUGCUGAGCCUCAAUUAUUUGCGAUAAAAAAGUUCAAAAGUGAAAAUCAUCUGUCGGCUAAAAGUCACGGUCACGACAUGAAUGGAAAAGAGGUGAUGCUAUAUACGGGGAUCUCGCAAUCGGCUAUCCGAGAAAUGUCACUUUGUCGAGAAUUAUCUCACAAGAAUAUCAUCAAGGUGGUGGAUGUGAUUUUAGAGAACAAGUCUAUUUACCUUAUUUUUGAAUUCUGUGAGCACGACUUGCUCCAGAUCAUCCACUUCCACUCGCACCCGGAAAUCAAACCCAUCCCCGAAGCCACCAUCAAGUCGCUCACCUGGCAAAUUUUGAACGGAGUAACGUUUCUUCAUAAAAACUGGAUUUUUCAUCGCGACUUGAAACCGGCCAAUAUUAUGGUUCUGAGCAACGGAGUGGUGAAAAUUGGCGAUUUGGGUCUUGCUCGAAAGUUCAAUAAUCCUCUUCAAAGCUUGUACUCGGGCGAUAAAGUGGUGGUGACUAUCUGGUAUAGAGCACCCGAAUUGCUCUUGGGGGCUCGUCAUUAUUCGCCAGCUAUAGACCUCUGGGCCAUAGGAUGCAUUUUGGCCGAGCUUUUGAGCUUGCGGCCUAUAUUUAAAGGCGAAGAGGCGAAAAUUGAUAUGAACAAUAAGAAACUGGUUCCAUUUCAGAAAAACCAAAUCCAAAAAAUCGUCGAAAUCUUGGGUACUCCCACGCUAGCACAGUGGCCCUCGCUCGAUAAAUACCCCGAGUAUCCUGCAUUCCAACAACAAAUUACCCACAAGUAUCCACCCAAUUUGGUGAGCUGGUAUAAGGCUAUAGGAAGAACCAAUAAGCGGUGUUUAAAUCUUCUUUUGAGUUUACUCGAGUACGAACCAAUGUCCCGACUCAGUGCAGAUAAUGCCCUUGUGCACGAGUUCUUUCUAGAAGCUCCCAAGGUGACCCAAAAUGCAUUCGAAGGCCUAAACGUAACCUACCCAAAAAGACGAAUCUACACCGAUGAUAAUGAUAUUAUGUCCAAUCAGGCGCCUGCAAAACGACUGAAUUUUGAAGACGGCGCUGGUCGAAAGAGGCAUAAAUAG